GGACCGAGGGGGCGGGGAGGUGACCCGGCGGGGGCGGAGCCAGCGGGCGGGCGCGGCGCGGCGCGGGAGGCGACCAUGCGCGGCGUGGGGGCGAUCCUGCGGCCGGCGGCGCGUGGCGCCCGGGACCUGAACCCGCGGCGGGACAUCUCCUCCUGGCUGGCCCGGUGGUUCCCUAGAACCCCAGCCAGGUCCGUGGUGGCCCUGAAGACCCCCAUCAAGGUGGAGCUGGUGGCAGGGAAAACCUACAGGUGGUGUGUGUGUGGCCGCAGCAAGAAGCAGCCCUUCUGUGACGGCUCCCACUUCUUCCAACGCACUGGCCUAUCUCCACUCAAGUUCAAGGCCCAAGAGACCCGCAUGGUGGCACUCUGUACCUGCAAGGCCACUCAGAGGCCCCCGUACUGCGAUGGCACCCACAGGAGUGAGCGCGUGCAGAAGGCAGAAGUGGGCUCCCCACUCUGAGGGGGCUGCUGCUGUCCAGCCACAGGUGGCCUUGGCUCCAGGCCUCUGACAGGCACCCCCUUCUGUGGGAAAGGAAACAGGUGCUGAGCCCAAGAGAUUCUGGUACCCACUGCUGGCUCAUGAAGGAAGAAUUAUUCCUUAUAACCUAAAAGUCUCCAGUCUGGGGCAGGCGGGAGUGGGCCCUGGUUCAAUGUUUGCUGAUGGGGAAGACGGCAAAAACAAGCCUGCCCAACCAGA